CCACCCCGCUCGGUCCCGCCCCUCGCAUGCCGGGGCUCGCGCUGCCGCCGCCGCUGCCGCUGCGUCCGUUGGGGCUCGCGCUGCCGGCUGGGCCCCGGCCGCCGCCUGCCGCCGCCGGGGCCGGGGCGGGAGGAUGCGGCGGUUGGCGCGGGUGGCGCUGCUGUGCCUGGGCUGCGGCGUCUGCUCGCUGCUGUACGGCUUCAGCCAGCUGGCCCUCUCCCUGGAGCGGGAGCCCGGCGGCGCCCGGGAGCGGCAGGGCCCAGACCCCGCCGCGCCCGGCGCCCGGCGGCAGACGGCGGGGAGCGCGGGCCGAGGCGAGGCGGGGGAUGGCAGGUGUAAGAAUUUGUCUGUAUCUUUCUGGAAUUCCUAUUGGAUGCUGCCCUCUGAUGUUUGUGGAAUGAACUGCUUUUGGGAAGCUGCUUUUAGAUAUGAUUAUAUGAAAACACGUCCUUUGGAGAAAAUGCAUCUAGCAGUGGUUGCCUGUGGUGAAAGACUGGAGGAGACUGUUACUAUGUUGAGAUCAGCCAUUAUUUUCAGCAUCAGACCCCUCCAGUUUCAUAUUUUUGCUGAGGACCAAUUGCAUGAGAGUUUUAAAGACAUACUUGAUGACUUCCCCUAUGAAGGAAAAGUUAAUUACACAUUAUAUCCAAUAACAUUUCCAACGGAGAGUGCAGCAGAAUGGAAGAAAUUGUUUAAACCAUGUGCUUCGCAAAGGCUAUUCUUGCCAUUAAUCCUUAAAAAUGUGGAUUCGCUAUUGUAUGUUGAUACUGACAUCCUCUUUUUGAGACCCGUUGAUGAUAUUUGGUCUUUUCUGGGAAAGUUCAACUCCACACAAAUUGCUGCAAUGGCACCAGAACAUGAAGAGCCUCGUAUUGGGUGGUAUAAUCGCUUUGCUAGACAUCCCUAUUAUGGAGUAACUGGAAUAAAUUCUGGAGUCAUGUUAAUGAAUAUGACACGUAUCAGAAGAAAGUAUUUCAAGAAUGAUAUGACACCAGUCCGUUUACAGUGGGGAGAAAUUCUUAUGCCACUGCUGAAGAAGUACAAGUUGAACAUAACAUGGGGUGAUCAGGAUCUAUUGAACAUUGUGUUUUUUCACAAUCCAGAAAGUCUUUAUCUCUUUCCUUGCCAAUGGAAUUAUCGGCCUGACCACUGCAUCUAUGGAAGCAAUUGUAAGGAAGCUGAAGAAGAAGGUAUAUUUAUUCUUCAUGGAAACAGAGGUGUUUACCAUGAUGAUAAACAACCAACUUUUAGGGCUGUCUAUGAAGCAAUAAAAAAGUAUUCGUUUGGAGACAAUCUGGUUCAUUCCCUGUUGCAGCCCCUAGAACUGGAAUUGCGGAAAACCAUGCAUACGUACUGUGGAAAAGUAUACAAAGUGUUCAUAAAGCAGCUAACAAAAAGCAUAAGAGACUUGUAUGCCAGAAGAUCAAAGGGAAGCUGAUUUUUACUCCAGGCUGCUAAAUCAAGAGGUUGAAUUAACAUAUUCUGGUCAAAAGGUGCAAAAUUCUAAUAUGGCUUGAAUCGGCUUUUAAUAUGCCCAGAUAAAACUUUACUAGCAUACAUAAAAAUGAAGAAAAUUCAUGUAAUGAAGAACAGGAACUUUUUUCUGCAAAGGUGACUUUUUGCUUUUUUGAAGUUUAAUCACUGCUAACUUUCUCUUGGAUCCAAUGAUUUGGGUGUUACUGGCUUCUAUGGUCAGUAGUUUUAGUCUGCAUAAUUCAGUUAUCUAAUGAUCAAAUGAACAAGGAAGAAAUGAAGAGGGCUGUAUUUGGGAGUGUACCUCAUAUAUUGUCUAAAAUUCUGUUAAACUGUGAAUAUAGCAAUAACUGAGUCAGCAGCACUAACCUCACUUUAAAGGUGUGAGCCUUUAUGUAAACAAAGUUGUUUACAAGUGCCGAAAAUACUCUGUUUUCAAAGAAAUGUGAUAUAAUUUGACAAUCUGUACGUGCCUUUAUAUGUUCAUCUCUUACACGUUGAAGUACUGUUUUGACAAUCUUGUUUAGCUUAUCUUAGAUGUAAACUGCACACUAUAAAUAUGAUUUUCUGAGAAAUUAAUAACUAGUAUGUGAUACUAGUUUUAUCUGUUGGUAGAUACAGACACUUUUUAAUAUAUGGCAUUUGUUUCAACAUCAUUGAGCCAUUAUGUCCAAACGAUAGAGCAGAGUUGAGGGUGGGUUUUUCAGCAAAAAUUCAGUUUGAAGUUGUCUGUCUUAGAAUAUUUUUUUAAAAAUUAUGUGGUUUUGCAACUUUGUAGGGCAUUUUGGAAGUAGAAGGAAAAAACAACAGUGGAAAGCUGUUGCUGUUGUAUUUCCUUACUAAGAAUUAUUACCUGAUUAUUAUAGAGUAUUUAGUACCUAAAAGUGAAGGGCUGUAAUAAGAGUUCUGAUGCUUCAUCAGACUGUAUAUUAGAUGGGUUUCUUAGAGAAUAUAUCCUGUUACCAUACUUUUUUAAGGACGUGGCUUUAAAACAGCUUUGGGGCACAUCCUCAAUUACAUGAAUGCAUUACUGUCAAUAGGGUUAUAGUAUUUACAACAGGUAAGGAUUAGGCUUUCUUUAGUAAGUGGGGAAAAAAAAGUUCUGUUUAUGUAAUACAAACUUUUUUUUAGAGAAAAACAUGAAGAAAAAUGCUGAGUUCUAGUGUUACAGUAAAAUACUAUUUAAACUUGCAUGGUAUGAACUGCAUUUGUAAAGUAUAUUUGAACUUGGAUAACCUCUCUAACUGAGAUGAAGUCGUCAUAAAGUGAGUUUUCGGAUUCCAGAAAAGUUCCUGUGUGAACACGGAGCAUCUACUCACUGACUUGCACUGUCAUCCCAACCCUUUUUUGGAAGCUUAAUUUUUGUGGCUGUUUCUUUGUCAAAGGCAGGCUGGCUCUUACUCCCAGAUCCAUGUGAGCUGGACGAAAGCUUUAGCAGUACAAAACUACACUCCGUUGUAAGCAGAGUUUAUGUUCUGCUCUUAGUCUCCCUGCUGGCUCAGGGUGUAAAUUUCUGGGAUGGAAACUAGGAGGCUCUCUGCCUCACAUGUCGUUACAGUCUUAGUUACAGUCUCUUUUCCUUGCUAUGUAACCUUUUGAAGUCUGAAAAUCUAAAAAUCUGUGUGAAGGUGAAUACUGUUAUUGACUCAUUUUACGAUAUGCAAUGCAUUAUUUUUUUACAUAAAUACUGAUUUUUAUAUCAA